GCCACAUCUCCUCUGUCCUCUUCCUUGUCCCUCCCUCCCCUCGUUAUCUCCGCCACUCCUCCGCCCCUCCUCUGCCCCUCCGCCACCAUGCAAUCCCUCCAAUCUCCGCCCCUCCGCGCCUCCCUCGACCCCCUCCGUCCCAAAACCGCCACCAAUGCCCCCUCCACCACCGCCCUCAGACCCCCCCGCCGGACCCUUCCCCUCAUCAGGGCUGCCGUCUCCUCCACCGUCUCCGCCCCCAAGCGCGAGACCGACCCCAAGAAGCGCGUCGUAAUUACCGGCAUGGGCCUCGUCUCCGUCUUCGGCUCUGACGUCGAUACGUACUACGAGAAGCUCCUAGCUGGCGAGAGCGGGAUCGGCCCAAUCGACCGGUUCGACGCCUCCAAGUUCCCCACGAGGUUCGCUGGGCAGAUCCAUGGCUUCACCUCAAUGGGCUACAUCGAUGGGAAGAACGACAGGAGGCUCGACGAUUGCCUCCGGUACUGCAUUGUCGCCGGGAAGAAGGCCCUCGAGGACGCUGAUCUCGGUGACGAUCGCCUCUCCAAGAUUGACAAGAUUAAAGCUGGAGUACUCGUCGGAACAGGUAUGGGUGGCCUAACAGUCUUCUCCGAUGGGGUUCAGGCUCUGAUCGAGAAAGGUCACCGGAAGAUCACCCCUUUCUUCAUCCCCUAUGCCAUAACAAAUAUGGGUUCUGCUCUGCUCGCUAUUGAACUGGGCCUGAUGGGCCCAAACUAUUCAAUAUCUACUGCAUGCGCCACUUCCAACUACUGCUUCUAUGCUGCUGCCAAUCAUAUCCGCCGCGGCGAGGCUGAUCUUAUGAUUGCUGGAGGAACUGAGGCCGCAAUCAUUCCAAUAGGCUUGGGAGGCUUCGUUGCUUGCAGGGCUUUGUCUCAAAGGAACGAUGACCCACAAACUGCUUCGAGGCCAUGGGAUAAAGACCGUGAUGGUUUCGUAAUGGGUGAAGGCGCCGGAGUAUUGGUGAUGGAGAGCUUGGAGCAUGCAAUGAGACGAGGAGCACCUAUUAUUGCCGAGUACUUGGGAGGUGCAGUGAACUGCGAUGCUUAUCACAUGACUGAUCCAAGGGCUGAUGGACUUGGGGUCUCCUCUUGCAUUGAGAGGAGCCUUGAAGAUGCAGGCGUCUCUCCUGAAGAGGUCAAUUACAUAAAUGCUCAUGCAACUUCAACUCUUGCCGGGGAUCUUGCCGAGAUAAAUGCCAUCAAGAAGGUUUUUAAGAACACCAAGGAUAUUAAAAUCAAUGCGACUAAGUCGAUGAUCGGACAUUGUCUUGGAGCUGCUGGGGGUCUGGAAGCUAUUGCGACUAUUAAGGGAAUAAACACAGGGUGGCUCCAUCCCAGUAUUAACCAAUUUAAUCCAGAGCCAUCAGUGGAGUUCGACACCGUUGCCAACAAGAAGCAGCAACAUGAAGUGAACGUUGCAAUUUCGAAUUCGUUUGGAUUUGGAGGCCACAACUCCGUCGUGGCUUUCUCAGCAUUCAAGCCCUGAUUGUUCAGGUCGCCUGUGCAUCAUCACUGAGGAUGUGCAUUCGCCUUGCGAGUAAUUUUUCAAUGCUUAUUUGCAUAGAGUAAUAUGCCGGGAUAGUUCCCUGAAGCCAUUUAGGUUCUUGUUCUAAUGUAAUAAACUAAGAUCUAUUGCGUCGAACCUCUGAUCUAGUCUCCAAUUCAUGAGUGUGCUAAUCUGUUUAUUAGAAAGGCAAAAAGAUUUUGUUUCGAGUUUGUAAUCCUUUUGUAUUUGCGAAGCAAGUACCUCCUCAAUCUACAUGUUGGCUCUCUGCAAGUGCAA